UUAUGCUUCUAAUGUUUUUGCAAAUUGAGUAUUUAUGCAUUUUAUUUGAUAUUUUCAGGUUUGCUUGUAUCUUUGUCAUUAUGGUUUUUGGACUCAAUAUAUAACAUAUCUUUGAAUGUCUAUGUAUUGUUUUGUUUUGUUUUGUUUUUUCUUCUUUUGCUUAGGUUUGAACUUCCUUCUGUUUUUUUAGUUUAUGUUGUGAAUCUGCAUGUAUGUCUAGAUAAUUUUGCAUCUAAACACUAUGAAAAUAUCAUUGACAAUGAAUGAAAAUGUCUCUCUAAACAUAAUUUCCUACUGUAUUCAGGUAAACGUGUGUGUAUUCAUUUUGUGGCCUUGUACAGCUCCCUGUGGACAGAACAUCACUACAGAAGACGGGGUGGUUGUGGCCCUCCCUCCCUGUAAAACAGGUGCUUGGAUUGUCCCAGCAAUCAUGGCUUGCUAUCUGCUGGUGGCCAACAUACUGCUGGUUAACUUACUCAUAGCUGUGUUCAACAAUACAUUCUUCGAGGUGAAGUCCAUCUCAAAUCAGGUAUGGAAGUUCCAGCGCUACCAGCUCAUUAUGACUUUUCAUGAACGUCCAGUCCUUCCUCCUCCCCUCAUCAUCUUCAGUCACAUAACUAUGGUCCUCAAGCAUCUGUGCUGCCGCUGGCGAAAGCACGAUGAUGACGAGAGGGACUAUGGCCUGAAGCUUUUCAUCACUGAGGAUGAGCUGAAGAAAGUUCACGACUUUGAGGAGCAAUGCAUAGAAGAGUAUUUUAGAGAGAAAGAUGACAGAUUCCACUCAUCUAAUGAUGAAAGGAUCAGAGUCACAUCUGAGAGGGUGGAGAACAUGGCAAUGCGUUUGGAAGAAGUUAAUGAGAGGGAACACUUUAUGAAAGCAUCACUGCAGACUGUUGAUAUUCGUCUGGCCCAAAUGGAGGAGCUAAUUGGACGAAUUGCCCUCGCGCUGGAGCGCGUGACGGGUGUUGAGCGUGUGGAAAUUAGCAAAGCACGUUCCCGGACUUCAUCUGACUGCACAGACUCUGCAUACAUACUCCGCCAAGCUGAGUGCCCAGAGGCAGCGUACAUCCUCCGUCAAAGCAGCUUUAACAGCACAGAAGGGAAUGCCUACCGCUUACAGGAGGCGUUGGAAGGAACAGCUGAGGGCUCCAUGUCUCCUCCUUCUCCCACAGGCAUGGCUACACGGGCAAGGAGUCACUCUUUCUAUGUUGGAGGUGGCCGUGUUAGUGAACAUGCAACUAGGGCUGAAAGAGCUGAGAGCUUCUUUAAGGAGCGCUCACUCAGUCUCCACCGAGCAAACAGCUCACAAUCUGUGUCCUCAGCUGCCGCCCCCAAGGAGUCUAAGCCCCUCCCACUGGCAACGCUGUCGGUUUCUCAGCAGCACCGUCCGUCAUCAUGCAUUGAUAUCUAUGUCUCAACUUCUGAGGAGGUGGGGCCUACGGAGAUCUUUCUUGAUCCUCUCCGUAUGGUUCCACCUCUGCAGAGAGACUCUUCGCUGCAGUCAGAUACCAUGGAAACGGUGCUGCCUGGAGGCCGUGAGUUAAGCAGCACUGCCACAAGCGGUUUGGGCGACAGGCACUCGGAGGGCAGAGGAGGCAGCAGUGGAGCAACUGGAGCUAUGUAUGAUGACAGCGCAGCUGCUGAUUUGUCAUUGUGCUCAGCACACCUCUUACCAGACACAACCCUACCUCCUUGGGAUGUGGAACCAUCCCCACCUCCCUCAGCAGGGCUGCUUGAGCGCUCUAAGAGCAGCCGCUACCUCUCUACAGCAGGCACAACAUUCCUGGAUGAACCUCCUUUGGUCAAGUCCCACAGCCUCAUGUUCACACCAAGAGGUUGCUAUGGUGGAUUAGGGGCUGGUGUCCAAGUAAAGGCGGCAGAGUACACCAGCAUCACUGACUGUAUCGAUACACGCUGUGUCUCGGCUCCAUACACUCCUGCAGAAGGCUCACACUCACCAGGAGGCUCCACCUCAUUCCCUUUUGAUAAGCCGUCAGACAUGUGCUCCUCUCAUCCAGAGAGAGAGGCAGAACUUAGCCACACAGAGUCUGAUCCAGAGGACCUUGAGGACAUGAUUCCAGCUCCUGAUACCCCUCGCCUUGGGGGCUUUGGUGGGCCCAGUGGAGCCCCUCUCUGCUCCCCCUUCUCUAGGCUGGAGCGAGCAAACAGCUGCUCUUCAGACGACUCCCAUCCUUCCCUCACUCUGGCUCCUCCACACCGGAAGAGCCUGUCAGUGAGUGAGAGGAUGGAGAGGGGACCGGGUCUGGGAGCAGACAGGGGGCCUGGGCCCGGGGGGCGGGGUCUAGGACCUAGAAACCCCUUCCUCAGGAGCAAAUCUGGAGCAAGGCCUGAAACAACCAAAACUGACAGCCUCUCAAUAAGAAAACUGGCUGCUCCGUCAGCUUUCCGCAGUUUUGAUAGACAAAAUUAUACGUGACAAGGACACAAUGGUGCAUUCACACAUUGUUAGCGCCAGGGUGGAAAACAGAAAGGGGAAUAGCAAAAGCAGGGUGAAGUUGCCAAUAAAUGCUGAUCUGGACCAGAUCCUCACUUUUUUCACUUAUGCUUUAGAUUAGAAAAGUUUAUUCCUAGUCAGUAUUUACAGUAUUAAAGGGCAGCUUUACCCUGAGCCAUGAAAGGGUGGGAAAAGGGACAGAAGAUUUAGAAGGUCCUAUGUACACCAGUCAAAACAAAGAGCUAUGAAUAUAGAUUAGUUUAUACCUCUUGUAGCUAAGUAUCUUUGAAUGGGGUGUUAUGGCAGUGGAAGGUGUAUCUGUUUUGUAUGUCUUCCACCAACCAACUUUACAUAAAAUAGACAUCUGUCACUGUGUUGUAUCACAUAUCAGUCAGCUGACCAGACACAGUAUCCUGUUAUUCCUAGCUGCAUUGUGUGGUAGACAUUGUUAAGUCUGAGACAAAAAAAAGAGAUUGAAUAAGGAAAGAGAAGCUAUUCAAUUGGUCAUUUGUCUUGGCAUUACUACCGUGACUUUUCCCCUCUUCAAAAGCAUUUCAUGCUCAUCAUUCUAACUCUAACUUGUGUAACUCCAACUUAAACAGGCAGAAAAUAGAUGAUUUUUCUGGAUGCGUCAGUAGGUUUCUGGGCUUAACUAGAUUUUACAUUAUAUCUGUAACAGGACCAUAGCUUAAAUCUAGAUUAUCAAGUAUGCUUUUCAUGUUAUCAGUACAACAUAUAUUGUUUUUUCAAGGAAAUAUCACUUUUGUGCUUUCAUAUAUUUUAGCUUCAGAGAAAAAAAAGUAUUUAAUAAGCUCAUUAUUGUCCGUGAAAUUUUUUUUUAGUUCACCUAGAGCUGGAAACAGAAAGCUGCACUUGAACUCACUUCAGUGAAGUUGUCAUUUCUCUUGUAUGAUUGAGCCAUGGGUCUGUGUCAGGUUAGGGAAUAAGUGCAAAGCCAGGGCUAUGAAAGACAAUAAAUAAGACUUAGUAUGUUAUAAAAGAAGGUGUGCAUCAUUACACUCUCUCUACUUGCAAUUGUCUCUGAAAUUCUUCAAAUCAUAGAAUAGAUGCUGACACCUGGUCCCAGAGAGCUUUAAGAAGUGCAGUUGCAAAAUAUGAAGGCCAGAGGGCGCCAUGAGGUUAUAUCAGAGGCCAUGCUUGCCACAUGAACCCAAGUUGAACCUUCCUUGCCUACACCUAACACCAAAAAUCCUUCCACUCAGUGAACUGUAGCUCUGUUGUAACCCAGCACUCCUCUUUCAGGUUUUGGCCAGGGAAUAAUUUUGCAGUUUUACAUCCAGCAACACCUGAUAGAUCCGUCCUUCAUCUGUGCCAUAACUGUUAUUUGUUUAUCUUUAUUAUUAUUUUCACUUACACUCAAAACAAGCCACUGCAAAGACACGGUCAACGAGAGAAGUCGCUCCAUGACUAAAACCCAAUUAUAAAUUGUGUACAGGACAUGAAGCGUUCAUAAGGAAAGAGCUACUUAAAUAAUUUACUUUCAAAAAAGCUUAUGAAUAAGCUGUUGAGUAUAUGCAUUUGAGCUGAGAUUUAAGAAAGGUGUGUGUUUUAAGUGACAUUAAAUAGGAAAGGAAUUAUAAAAAGAUGAAAGCCAGUUCAGUGUUUUUCAUUUUUCUCUUUUUUUUCUCUCUCUUUUUUUCCCCCCACUGUAUUGGACAAAGUCUGGUGAGGAGGAUGAUGUCUUUCUCAGAUAGCUUUGUCAAGGUAAUAUUGGUGGAAUGAUCUUAGUGAUUUUAAUGUUUUAUAUUUCCUCCUCACUAUUACAGUUCAGUUUAAUCAUUUAUUUUGAGAUUAUAUUUCUAUUUAUUGAUAUUUUCUUGCUCAUUACUGAUGAUUAAAGUAAAUGCCUGUUUGAAUUAUAAAAUUAAUAUUUAUAUCUUCUCAGUGAUAUUUUUGUCAAAUUUUAAGUAUUUUAUAAUUAAGCUUUUGAAUUAAAUAAAAAAAAUGACCAUCUACAUGCACUAAAAGAUGAUGUAUAAUAUUUAUUGAAUAUAGAAUAGUAUGUACAUUUCAAUCAUAUUUAAAGUAUUUAAAGUAGUUUUUAAUGUGUGUUUUAUCAAGCAGCUUAAGAGAAUUUUCUAAUGUUGACAUGGCAAUACAACGUUGCCAGCAUACCAAACAUGGGGUGCCUUUUGGGCAUGGAUGGAGUAUGUGGGGAUGUGAUUCAAGAAUCUGUGAAAUUUCACAUUUUUGUCUUCUUUUCCUUGAACACAGAUAUCAGUGAUUAUUUUCUCAUAAACCUUUAUUGUUCUCUCUGAACUCAUCCAAUGGUCAGAGAGAAGGAACCGACUGUAUUGUUGUGUGUACGGACAUUUAUUUGAACUUGUUUGAAUUCACAGAAAAUAUUAAAGAUGCAUUGGGUAUAAAUGUUUAUUAUAUUUAAAAGAAAAAGUCUGUUUUCACAUAAAACUGAGAUAUUAUGAUGACAUAGCCUAAAUAUAGGACUGGUGCUGUUGCAGUAUUUCUUUUGUCUUGCCUAAAAUGAUUCUUCUGACUCAUCUGUUUCACAGUCCACACCUCCAGGCUGUUAAAUACCCUCAGCUGAUAAUGCUAUAAGACAUUCAGCAAUCUGUGGAAUGUCACCUUAACUGGGUAAUCUCAAUGUUAACAUACAGUUUGUGUGUGGACACAUGGUCAGUAUGGAUCAUGCAGGUGGGACAGAUUUGUUUGCAUGUUGUAGCCAGUUGACUCAUGCAAAAUAUUAGAUCUGCAGUUUCUUCAACAAACAUGUGGGUUAGAUUAGGGUUAAGAGAUAAAAGGUUGACCCCAGGUCAGUGCUCAGGGACAAUUUUACCCCAGUGAUGCAGGAUUAAAAGUAUAUCAUGGAGUCAUAGUGGGAAAAAAAGAAAGGGAGAUCUGAUUUGUUUUUGAGCAGAAGGUGUCCAAUAUAAUCACUGUGCUUUCAUAGACAAAUCCAAAAUCGUUGAGGAUCAUCAAAAAACUAUAUUUUGAGUUUCAUUUCUUCAGAAAUGGCAAUAGUAUAUGAAUGAAUGCCAUCAUACAUGAAUACCUGCUCAGCUUGUUCACCUGUAAUUAUUAACACAACAAAUAAAAAGGGACUUUUUCUUUCUUUCUUGUUUUUUUUUUCUUUUGCUUUGUCCCCCCCAUGUUCAUGUAUACUUGAACCCCCUACCUUUUGUACCAAACCAAAUGAAAACAAGCUGAGUAAUGAUCUGAUGACAUGACAUAUUGUCUGCGCAUGUGGAAGGCAGGGUGAAACAGGCCAAGGUUAAACUGCUCCACUCAAGUUCUGCAUGAAAACAGACAACUGUGCGUGACUAAGGCCGUCUGUUUGACCUGUUAUCGCAGAAAAAAAUCACAAUUUUUUAUAGUUUCUUUAUAAUUACAGUGAGGAGCAUACAUGUCCAUGACAUGUAUGAACUUAUACAUGAUUCUUUAAUGGUUGUGUGAGAUGUUGAUAUGGCUGUUGAGGAAAUUGACAUCAGAUGUGCAUGUGAACGUAUGUGUGUACACAACUUAAACUUGUGUGUGAACUCAGUUGUUUAGAUGACACUAAUAACAGGGAGGCAUGCAAACUCAACACAACACAACCUAAAAAGUCUCAGUGUACAGUAUUUUUUAGAUAUUUUCCUAGUUUGGAGCAAUCAUGAGCAUUUUGUGAUAAUCAACAGAUUUGCUUCCUUCCUAUGACUCUUGUGACUUGCAAGUUAAAGGAGAGUUUCACAUAUUUUUUCUGCAAUAACUGCUGAUGUUCAACUAAAGGGGAGUUACCCCCCUACUGGUCACACUUAAUUUAAUGUCCUUAAAUGCAUGCGGUUCUUCCACUCAGAGUGUACAGAAACGACCUGUAAUGUUGACUGAGAGAAAGAUAUAGAGAGAUUAUAAUAUGAAAUCAAAGUAGUGAGUAUUUGGAUGCAAAUACAAAUCUGUAUUAAAUGUGAAUAGGAUCAUGUCUGGCAUGCAUUGUUAAAUAAACAAUUAAAUAGA